AGUAGUCUGUUGGCGAAUUCCACUCACAUUAUACUUGUUGGUUUAGACUUUAGAGAGAGAAAAAAGCAGAUAUUUAGAGAGAGAUGGAGCUUGAUUUGACACCCAAGUUGGCCAAGAAGCUAUACGGCGGUGAUGGUGGCGCGUACUACGCGUGGUGCCCCAAUGAGCUGCCGAUGCUUCGUGAAGGCAACAUCGGUGCGGCCAAGCUCGCGCUUGAGAAGAACGGCUUUGCGCUGCCUCGCUACUCCGAUUCCGCUAAGGUUGCUUAUGUUCUUCAAGGUAGUGGAGUGGCUGGUAUAGUCCUCCCGGAGAAAGAAGAAAAGGUGCUCCCAAUCAAGAAGGGAGACGCAAUUGCCCUACCUUUUGGUGUAGUCACCUGGUGGUACAACAAGGAGGACACUGAGCUAGUUGUCCUGUUCCUUGGUGAUACCUCGAAAGCCCAUAAAUCCGGUUCUUUCACCGACUUCUUCUUGACUGGUUCUAAUGGCAUCUUCACUGGCUUCUCAACGGAGUUUGUGAGCAGAGCAUGGGACUUGGAGGAGAGCGUUGUUAAAACCCUGGUUGGUAGCCAAUCAAAAACAGGAAUCGUCAAGCUCGAUCCCAGUUGCAAGAUGCCAGAGCCCAAGAAGGAACACUAUAAUGGCAUGGCAUUGAACUGUGAGGAAGCUCCAUUGGAUGUAGAUAUCAAGGAUGGUGGAAAGGUAGUGGUUCUCAACACUAAGAACCUACCUUUGGUUGGUGAAGUUGGACUGGGGGCAGAUCUUGUUAGGCUGAAUGGGAAGGCUAUGUGCUCUCCAGGUUUCUCUUGCGACUCUGCUUUGCAGGUCACCUACAUUGUCAGGGGAAGCGGCCGGGUUCAGGUGGUUGGGGUUGAUGGCAAGCGUGUCUUGGAAACAACUAUUAAGGCUGGUAAUCUCUUCAUUGUUCCAAGGUUCUUUGUUGUGUCAAAGAUUGCUGAUCCUGAUGGUAUGGACUGGUUCUCGAUCAUCACUACUCCAAACCCUAUUUUCACUCAUCUGGCCGGAAGGACUUCUGUUUGGAAGGCACUGUCUCCAGAAGUGCUACAGGCAGCUUUUGGUGUUCCUCCAGAUGUUGAACAGAAGUUUAGCUCAAAGAGGAAGGCUGAGGAGAUCUUCUUUCCACCACCAAACUGAUGAAGUUUGGCAGUUCUCUUUGCUUUUAUUUUAGACCAAAAAUAAGUAGCUUUUCUUCUUUACUUCUUAGGAACAGUUUGCUAUUAUGAUAUUUUUUUUAUAUAAUUAAUUUGCUAUUAUGAUGAGUA